CUACCUGUAACCGACUUCAUCUCUCAAAUCAGAUGUUUGGCUGCUGUAUCCCCUGCAACAAGGAGUCAUGCCAGCUGGACACACUCUCCUUCCGGAGCCCCUGGCAGCCAGGAUGGAGCCAAGACCACAGCUUUUGAGACCCUCAGCCCUGGGUUUACGGCUCCGUUCAUGUCGCUCAGGGAAGGCCUCCCCGGCAAUCAUCUCCUCGUUGCUCCUGGCCUUCCUGUUCCUGGCUCCGGCCACAGUGGCCACUCCCAGAGCUGACGGUCAGUGUCUGGCAUGUGGGGGACCCGCUUUGGACCUGGAGAGCCAGCGGGAGCUGCUUCUUGACCUGGCCAAGAGAAGCAUCUUGGACAAGCUGCACCUCAGCCAGCGCCCAACACUGAGCCGGCCCGUGUCCAGGGCUGCUCUGAGGACCGUGCUGCAGCGCCUCCAUGGGCCCCCACAGGGGGCGCUUCCCGAGGCUGACAGUGGACAGGAAUAUGAGAUCAUCAGCUUUGCUGAGACAGGCCUCUCCAACCUCAACCAGACUCGUCUUGAUUUCCACUUCUCCUCUGAUAGAACUGCUGGUGGCAUGGAGAUCCAGCAGGCCAGCCUCACGUUCUUUGUGCAGCUCCCUCGCAAUACCACCCGGACUUUGAAGGUGAGGGUCCUUGUGCCAGGCCCACAUGACACCAACCUCACCUUGGCCACUCAGCACCUGCUGGAGGUGGAUGCCAGUGGCUGGCACCAGCUCCUCCUGGGGCCUGAAGCUCAGGCUGCGUGUAGCCAGAGGCACCUGUCCCUAGAGCUGAUACCUGAAGGCCAGGUAGCCCACAGCUCAGUCAUCCUGAGUGGGGCUGCCCAUAGGCCUUUCGUGGCAGCCCGGGUGAGAGUUGGAGGCAAGCACCGGGUUCGCCGGCGAGGCAUCACCUGCCAGGGUGGGUCCAGGAUGUGCUGUCGACAAGAGUUCUUUGUGGACUUCCGUGAGAUUGGCUGGCACGACUGGAUCAUCCAGCCUGAGGGCUACGCAAUGAACUUCUGCACAGGGCAGUGCCCACUGCAUGUGGCAGGCAUGCCUGGCAUUGCUGCCUCCUUUCACACCGCAGUGCUCAAUCUUCUCAAGGCCAACACAGCUGCAGGCACCGCUGGAGGGGGCUCAUGCUGUGUGCCUACAGCCCGGCGCCCCCUGUCUCUGCUCUACUAUGACAAGGACAGCAACAUUGUCAAGACUGACAUACCUGACAUGGUGGUAGAGACCUGUGGGUGCAGUUAGUCCAUGUGUGGUAUGGGCAGCCCAAGGUGGGGUGAGCAACAUCCCCUCACAGAGGUUCUCUUCCUUGAGAGGAGGGAGUGACCCCAUUACUGCCUCUGUCCCGAAGGGGGACUCCUUCUUCCUGAGCAACCUAUGGAAAUGAUCCCAACUUUGGCUUGAGGAGAUCUUCAUCUAAGAGUCACUGUACCAUCUUCAUGACCACCAGCCUCUCUCCUAGAGCAUAGUCCAUCCAGGAAGCUCCACGUUUCCAACUGCCACCCUGGAGACUCUGAUCCACCUGCAACCAUGAGGAGCGCCAUCUGGUUCCCAGGCAAAGACACCCACAACCUGCCCUUAAUCCACCCCAUAAUCCACUAUGCCUUGCUGCCUUUCCCAUUCCAUGGCCCCUACUCUGGGAUGAGCUGACCCAGCCUUUUCCCUUGAUGGUCUGGCUCUCCAGGGAGCCCCUUCCUUGGAUUCACUAGAGAUCAGAUCACUAUUUCCCAGAGUGAGGCUUGCUCCUCUCUAUGUCUUGAGCCCUUUUCCUUCUUACCGGCCCAGCUGGGCUGCUAAGGCUCUCUCGGCACAGCCUCAUCCAUUCAUUGUCCUUCUGUGCCCUGCUCUGUGCCCUUGGGGGCUGACUCACCUGAGUUCCUUUGGCCUCUGGCUUCCUGCUGAGUUUGCCUAAGGGGAGACGCAGGCAGGAGAUCAAAGGACAGGAGGAGCUAGAGGGCAG